CCGGUGGAAAUUUCCCAUGGUGUUCCGCGCACGCUCAAUCAAAGCUUUAAUACGCAACCGAGGUAACGGAACAGAGGGGCAAAGAGUCAGUACAGCAUCAGUAUCCGCCGGGAAUGCGACCAUCACUGCCAUAACACGAUCUCUGUAGGGACCAGCACGAGCACACUUUCAUGGAGCCAGAGUUUCAAACGUAGCAGGUCCAAUAGAUCACUGGAUAAGACAAGCGGCGCCACUUCAUUUCUCUACAGACCUCUUAACCAUGGGUAAGAAAGUCUUGCAGUGUUUUCCUUGGUACAAACGCUGUAAAGAACAGGGUAAAAGCAGGAUGUGCCCUCCUCCACCUGUGCCAUCUGUUGAGGUGCAACCUGGCUUCUCUCCGACAGUCUCCUGGGGUUACGACGGAGAGGAAAGCGCCGCACGUCCCGUCUAUUUUUCCCAUAAAGCGCGAGUAGUUUAUCGCCACCAGAUGGACGGCAAUAUUAUCGACGCCACCUGCUGACCUCUGGGCUCCUUUCCCAGAAUCCCUUGCCUUGUACCUGGCUGUAGACGUCCGGUGUAGAGGAGCAUCGUAGGAGUCUACUAGACUGUUCUGUCAUGUAUAAUUAUACUCUUUUGUAUUUAGUAAAGAUGUCACAGUGUUUCCUCUGGUUCCUCCACCCUCUUGCCAGACCUGGCAUUCACCUGUCUUGUACUUACUGUGUUGAAAUAUAACAUUUCGAAGGAGACAGAGUGAUGCAGGCAACAUAUAUAAAUACAAAUGUAAUGUAUAUGUGUUUUGCUGUGCAAAUCUGAUCCUGGAUGUAUGAUUGCCUGUUGUUUUUCAGAUGACAAACCAUGGUUGGUUUUUCAGAGGUUUAUGAAUGCAUUCAGGCAAAAGAUAAAGUUUUGUACUAAUCACUGGAAUUAUGAUAUGAGAUUUAUGUGUUUAGUAAUUAUGAUGAUAUAUUUUGCUUCUUAUUCUCUGAUUCUGUCAAAGCAGUUUAAGUAUUGAAUAAAAAAACAUAUAUGUGUAUAUAAUAUAAACAUAUUUCUAUCUAUUAAAUCUUUCAUUUAAACGA